CAGAGGAGGAGUUUUCCUGUUCUUUGGGCAACUCAGAGUAACCAAUAACUUCCAUCAUCGGUGCAACAAGCCUGCCUCCACACUUGGGUUUCCCCCCGUCUGUGUAAAGUGCUUUUACAUGCAGCAGCCAUGCAUAGGAAGAUCUAGAGGGAGGGUCUCUGAGUGUGAGCAGAGUUUUAUGCCUCUAUUUCCAUUCAGUGGAUGCUCAGUGGCCCUUGAACAGCCUGGAUUUAACUGCUGACCGGCUGGCUAACAGGUGGCGUUGGAGGAAACAGUGAGAGCUCUGUAAGGAGGACUAUUGCAAGGAGCCAGCAGCAUGUUCAAGAUCCAUACCUGGUUGCUUGUUCUGGUUCUCUGUGCUGGGAGCGUGGAGGCCUGGUUGUGGUUCAAGCCUCCAGAUACGACGACAGAGGCCCCAGAGGUGACAAAUUCAACCCUGGUAUCUGGAACCACAGGUGCCACCUCAGCAGCCAAUGGCACACAGAGAAAGGAGGUGGUGGAGGAUGACAACUUGUCCGGGGUUGGGGAAGAGAUCCUCCACGUAGCCACAGGAAUCCGUAAGUUUGUUGAGUCGUUGGACGCAACCACGACCCUGACUCCAACCCUGACCGCCAGGACUACUAACGGAGGCCGGACAGAGAAGGUGGAGGGCGCUAACCCUAACACAACUGAAGAAAGUGGCGUCUCUUUGCUCCAGCUGAUUGGAGACCCUCCACCUGAUGAGAUCACCAGGGUCUAUGGUCCGAGGGGGGAGGCCUCCUACGUCUUCACCCCAGGUGCCGUGUCUGGCCAGCCGGCUCUGGCCCACAUCCCCAACCCUUUCCACCGCCAUUUCUCCCUAAUCUUUAACAUCAAACCUUCAUCUCCCUCUGCCUCUGUCCUCUUCUCCAUCACUGAUGGGCCUCAGAAGCUCAUGUACAUCAGCGUCAAACUCAGUGCCGUUCGGUCCCAACGUCAGAAGGUGCAGUUCUUCUACACCGAGCCCGACUCCGAGGCUUCAUACGAGGCGGCCAGCUUCGAUGUGCCGAGCAUGGUGAACACAUGGACCCGCUUCUCGCUGUCUGUCUUUGAGGAGACGGUGACUUUCUACCAGGGAUGUGACUCUGAGCCACAGGUGGUGAAGUUCGAGCGAUCACCCGAUCCCAUGGAGCUGGACGCAGGGGCGGGGAUUUUUGUGGGCCAGGCAGGGGGAGCAGAUGCUGACAAGUUCCAGGGGGAGAUUUCAAACUUCAAACUGGUUGGAAACCCUCGGGCUGCUGAGCGUUUGUGUGACGACGAGGAUGACUCUGAUGCUGCUUCUGGUGACUUUGGCAGCGGUGAGGGUGAGAGGAGACAGUCUGGAAGUGGAAGAACUGUGAAGACCACUCCUGCAUCCUUCCGCCCCGUACCAGAACCUCCUGUGAUUUCCUCACAGGGAAACAGAGUCAAAGAAACAGGUUCCAGUGGUGCUAAAGGGGACAAAGGAGACAGAGGUGACAAAGGCUUGAGGGGGGACACAGGCCCUUCAGGACCAAAGGGAGAGUCAGGCUCCAGCUUUGGCUCCAGUUCAUCCUCAACGGGCGGAGGAGAGCGAGGACAGAAGGGAGAAAAGGGUGUAAAGGGCAGCAGCGGCUUCGGAUACUCCGGUAACAAAGGUGAUCCUGGGGCUCAAGGACCUCCAGGGCCCCCUGGUCCUCCAGGGCCUGCAGCUGAGGUGGUUCGACUCGGAGAUGGCUCUGUUGUGCAGCAGAUGUCAGGACCAGCUGGACCAUCGGGACCACCAGGGUCAGGCGGAGCCCCGGGACCUUCAGGAGCUGAUGGAGAGCCUGGUGAUCCAGGAGAGGAUGGAAAAACUGGUCCUGCAGGGCCACGUGGUUUUCCAGGAACUACAGGAGGUCCUGGUUCCAAAGGCCAAAAGGGUGAGCGUGGAGAGGGUCAACCAGGACCUAGAGGCCCCCCAGGUCCUCCAGGAAUUCCUGGAACUGGCAACGGGGACCGUCCUACGUUCUUUGACAUGGAGGGAUCAGGAUUCUCAGACUCUGACAGAUUCCGGGGUUCACGUGGUCUUCCAGGUCCACCAGGCCCUCCAGGCCCUCCUGGGACUUCAGUCGCUCUGGGAGCCAACGGUCCGGUAGUUUUUGGACCCCCUGGACCACCUGGACAGGAUGGAGUACCUGGUCUACCAGGCCCUCCUGGUCGUCCAGGUGCCCCGGGUCCACCAGGAUCAGGAGGAGGAGGAAAGGGUGACGAUGGUGAGCUCGGCCUUCCUGGGGCACCAGGAGAAAAGCAAGAGUCGCAGGACUCCAACCCUUUCACCAGCUUCUUCUCUUACUUUGCUCCGUCCUCUACGGGGGCUCAGGGUGACUUAGGAACGCCAGGGACACCUGGACAGACUGGACUUGCAGGGCUCCCAGGUCCCAUGGGACCAGUUGGACCCGCUGGACCUCCUGGGCCACCAGGACCACCGCACCACUUUGGAUUUGGGAAUGAGGCUGGAUUUGAUGGGGCCAAUGGCUUGCCUGGCCCACCUGGACCACAGGGUCCACCUGGUAUUGCUGGUCUACCUGGUAAGCCAGGUAUACCAGGCAGCAAUGGAAACAAAGGAUCUGAGGGACCGAGAGGAUCUCCUGGGAUACCGGGACUCGAUGGGUUCUCUGGACAGCCGGGUCAAAAGGGAGACAGAGGAGAGAGAGGAGAAUCGGGUCAGCCAGGGCGAGACGGAGGGGCACCUGGACUUCCAGGGCCUCCUGGACCACCAGGACCUACCACCUACCAGACAACAGACUAUAAUGACGUAUAUUGGAACGAAGGGUCACAGGGAGGAGCUGGUACCCCAGGCCGAGCAGGAUUCCCAGGGCCUUCAGGACCAAAAGGAGACAAAGGAGAUUCUGGUCCUCCUGGAUAUGCACCUAAAGGAGAGAAGGGAGAACCUGGUGUCAUCCUGGGGUCUGAUGGGAGACCUCAGUACCUUGGUGGUCUGGCAGGAUUGCCGGGUGACAGUGGACCCCCUGGCCCAAUAGGACCUCCAGGUCCAUAUGGUCCUUCAGGCCAGAAGGGAGAGAUUGGGCUACCAGGUAGACCGGGUCGUCCAGGUCUGAAUGGCGCCAGAGGAGAGCAGGGAGAACCAGGCACUGGAUCUGGAAACAGUUAUCCUGGUCCUCCAGGUCCACCAGGGCCCCCUGGACCUCCUGGAGCUUCAGGUCCCUUCGACAGGCACGGAGGAUAUGAUGAUUACUCCAGGCAGUACCCAGCUGCUAAAGGAGAGAAAGGUGAUCCUGGACCACCGGGGACACUUGACAUUCAAGGUUACGGGUCGGUGGAUAUUUACACUUUAAGGAAUGAGAUGAAAGGAGAAACAGGAAGUCAAGGCGUAAAAGGAGAGAAAGGAGAACCAAGUGGAGGAUACUAUGACCCCCGCUAUGGAGGGAGCGGAUACCCAGGGACGCCAGGACCACCUGGCCAGAAAGGUGACUCCAUCAUUGGCCCACCAGGCCCUCAGGGACCACCUGGUCAACCAGGUCGAGGCUACGAUGGGCAACAGGGACCACCAGGGCCUCCUGGACCUCCAGGACCAUCCUUACCUGGAGCUUACAGGGGCACACAGACUAUCAAUAUUCCUGGACCACCGGGACCACCUGGAACACCUGGACUACCUGGACACUCCUCUGGGGUGACCGUGUUGAGGACCUACGACACCAUGACAGCCACCGCCCGGAGACAACCUGAAGGCUCGCUGGUUUACAUUUUGGACCAAACCGAUCUGUUCUUGAGGGUCAGAGAUGGAGUCCGUCAAGUGCAGCUUGGGAGCUACAUCCCCUUACCCAACGUGGAUGGUAAUGAGGUUGCAGCUGUGGAGCCCCCUCCAGUCGUCCCCUACUCCCCAGACCAUCACACGCACACACAGACACACACGCACACCGACACCUCUCAAAGGCAACCUGAGAGUCCAGUCCACCACGGCACCGACCAUCACUCACAGCCAGACGUGCAUCACUCGUCAAACCCGGAUCCACGCUACCCGACUCACCUUGAUCCUAGAUACCAGCCCGACAAUCGUUACCAGCCGGAUCCGCGAUACCCGGUACCCACAGAUCCCAGGUUCCCCAGUUACUCAGACCGGUUAAAUCAACCGGACGGACGAUUUUCUGUCCACACAACCGAGACUCGCCCUGCGUAUCCGGACCCUCGCUAUGCAGUCACCCCUCAGAGAAGACCAGCUCGUCCUGAGCCCCAGAUUCCAGUCCACCAUCAUCAUUCUGGUCCAGGGCUCCACCUCAUCGCCCUUAACAGUCCUCAGAGCGGCUCCAUGAGGGGAAUCCGGGGUGCAGACUACAUGUGCUUCACUCAGGCUCAGGCCGUCGGGAUGAAAGGAACUUUCCGGGCCUUCUUGUCCGCCAGACUCCAAGAUCUCCACAGCAUCGUCCGCAAGGCUGACAGAGACAGUUUGCCGAUAGUCAACCUAAAGGACGAGGUUCUGUUUGACAACUGGGAUGCCAUCUUUCAAGACCGCAGGAUGAAGGACAACGUGCCAAUCUACUCCUUCGAUGGCAAAGACGUUAUGAGUGACAGCUCAUGGCAAGACAAGAUGCUGUGGCACGGGUCGACCAACACUGGCCAGCGGCAUGUUGACAGCUUCUGCGAGACGUGGCGUGUAGGCGACCAGGCGCUGACCGGUAUGGCAUCGUCACUGCAGAGCGGCAGCCUCCUCCAGCAGAGCUCCAGCAGCUGCUCCAGCUCCUACGUGGUGCUGUGUGUGGAGAACAGCUACGUCGUCCACUCCAAGAGAUAGACGCACACACACUCACAAACACACAACAUUAGACAAAGUCUGCAAAGCUUUCGUCCACACACACUUUUCUAUCUUUGCACCGUAUGUGGUGCUUUGUAAAUAUGUUUUUUCAUAUGAGUAAUGAGUUUAUGUUUGUUAUCCCUUCAUAUACGGUGCUACACAGGAUUAUUCCACAAGUUAAACCCAAGUUAAGCUCAGGUGACAGACAGUAACGCACCCUCCGACAGCCAUGUGGGAGGUUUCACGCCUUAUAAGGAUAUAAGGGUAAUUUCUUUUCUGUUGUCUGCUAGUAACUGCUACAAUAUUUAUCUAAAUAUUAACAAUAGCACGGCUGUUGCUUGGUAGAAGAAAUAUCUGUCACUCAGAUUUCUGCUCAUAAAAUGACUUUAAGGAAAUUUGACUCCUUUGCAGAAAUCCUGCUCUGCUUGAUCAGGAUAAUUAAACAUUCUCUCCUUUUAAUGGGACUUUAUCAACACUACUUUAUAGAAAGGAGUGUAAACUGUACACAGGGAAGAUAAAUGGAUCAUCAAAGAUUUGAUACACAAGAAUCUCUUUUUCUUCCUGUUCAACCAAAAGUCUGACAUGGUGAAAAUAGACUGUGUGAGCCAAGUAAAGCAGUGUAAACAAUAGUUAAAUCAGGGUUUCUGCACCUUUAAUAUUCAGCUAAUUCUAAAGCUUUCUCUGUUUUAAACAAGGUGCCACCAACCGGACAUUUCAGCAACCAAAAGCAAGAAAACAAAAGUUAUUUUAUGUGAAAUGUUUGUUUUUUUAACUUCUUUUCAUUUACACUGAUUUUAUCUGUAACCAAAGCACUUGAGUAACAGCUUUUUUUUUUUUUUUUUGCAACUAUCUUUCAUGGGAAGAUAUUUUCAAGUCAUAUUUUUAGUGAUAACAAAGGGAUAUUUAUUUUUUAUAAACCGUGCAUUUUCAGCUAUAAUGUGUGACAGCUACAUUUCAAUUUAUCCAGCAAACCUACACAAUGAUGUGUACCUGAAAGAGGUAAAGGACAAAGUUUGUGCACAGACACAUUACAUCUGUGUUCAGUCAUCCAAAUAGGACUCAGCCAUAUAUGUUUGUCCAUGCACUGUUGCUUUUUAAAAUUUUUCUUGUUUAUUUCAGAACAGAAAAUGCACUGCAGCCAGGUAACAGUGGAGAGGAUACAAACACUGGUCCAAAGUUUUUUACUUUAAUUCUUAUGCAGUGCCAAAUUAAAUGCAGGAAGAUUUCUGUUAACUUCUGCAGGUUGUAUCUGUUUUUCUCUUUGUUUGAAACGCUGCAUCUCAUAAUUGAAUAAACCAGUGUGGAAAUUGUAAA